CGGUGGGGCGAACCGGAACCGGAAAUGGCUGCGAGGUGGCUCCUGCUGGCGCUCCUCGCCGCCUACGCCGCGGCUCUUCCUGAUAUCAUUAGGAUAGGUGGGCUGUUUCAUCCGUCGGACGACAAGCAGGAAGUGGCCUUUCGUUAUGCUGUGGAAAAGAUCAACGCCAACCGGGAUAUCCUGCCCAAGUCUCGUCUCAGCGCCCAGAUUGAGCAGAUAAAACCGCAGGACAGUUUUCACGCUUCCAAGCGGGUGUGCCACUUGCUUCGCAGCGGAGUUGCGGCGAUUUUUGGGCCGCAGAGCGCGCACACAGCCUCCCAUGUGCAGAGCAUUUGCGACACCAUGGAAAUUCCGCAUCUGGAGACACGCUGGGACUACCGUCUCAGACGGCAAAGCUGCCUCGUCAACCUUUAUCCGCAUCCCACCACCCUCUCCAAGGCGUACGUUGAUUUGGUGAAAGCCUGGGGCUGGAAGAGCUUCACCAUCAUCUACGAGAACAACGAAGGACUCGUGCGUCUGCAGGAGCUGUUGAAGGCGCACGGACCAAGUGAAUUCCCUAUCACGGUCCGGCAACUCAGCGAGGGGUCCGAAUACCGGCCGUUGCUGAAGCAGAUAAAGAACUCGGCGGAGUCGCACAUCGUGCUGGAUUGCUCCACCGAGAGGAUUUACGACGUGUUGAAGCAGGCGCAGCAAAUAGGGAUGAUGAGCGACUAUCACAGUUACCUCAUCACCUCUCUGGACCUGCACAGCGUCGACCUGGAGGAAUUCAAGCACGGCGGGACCAAUAUCACUGCCUUUCGAUUAGUGGACCCAGAAAAGCAAGAAAUUCAGAAGGUCGUGCAAGAUUGGAUCUACGGCGAGAAGCGUUAUAAUAGGGAGCUCGAUAUGGGACAAAGCUCCAACAAGAAUAACCUCACCUGCAUAAAGACUGAAACGUCGCUGAUGUACGACGCCGUUCACCUGUUCGCGAAGGCACUACACGAUUUGGACACCUCGCAGCAGAUCGACAUCAAGCCGUUGUCCUGCGAGUCCACCGACACCUGGCCACAUGGAUACUCGCUGAUAAAUUAUAUGAAAAUCGUGGAAAUGACAGGACUCACAGGAAUCAUCAAGUUCGAUCAUCAAGGAUUUCGCUCAGACUUCAUCUUAGAUAUCAUCGAAUUGAACAACAAGGAGGGACUGAAGAAGAUAGGAACCUGGAACAGCACGAAGGGAAUAAACUUCACGAGAAGUUACAAAGAGGAGUAUACUCAGAUCGUGGAGAAUCUUCAGAACAAGACUUUCAUCGUGACGACCAUACUGAGCGCGCCGUACUGCAUGAGGAAGGACUCGAGCGAGAAACUCACCGGGAACGCUCAGUUCGAGGGGUACAGCGUCGACUUGAUUUACGAGAUAUCGAGGAUCCUCGGGUUCAAUUACACGUUCCGGCUGGUGCCGGACGGACGGUACGGGUCCUACAACAAGCAAACGAAAGAGUGGGACGGGAUGAUGAAAGAACUGCUCGAUCAGAAGGCGGAUCUCGCGAUCGCCGAUCUCACCAUCACGUACGAUCGGGAGCAGGCGGUCGACUUUACCAUGCCGUUCAUGAACCUAGGUAUCAGCAUACUGUACCGUAAGCCCAUAAAGCAACCGCCGAAUCUAUUCUCGUUCCUCAGUCCUCUGAGCCUGGACGUUUGGAUUUAUAUGGCGACAGCUUAUCUGGGCGUCUCGGUGCUGCUCUUCAUACUCGCCAGGUUCAGCCCCUACGAGUGGGAGAAUCCCCAUCCGUGCAACGGACAGUCCGAGGUCCUCGAGAACGAGUUCACCCUGAUGAACUCGCUCUGGUUCACCAUAGGCUCGCUCAUGCAGCAAGGCUCUGAUAUAGCGCCGAAGGCCGUGUCAACUCGCAUAGUGGCGGGUAUGUGGUGGUUCUUCACUUUGAUCAUGAUUUCUUCGUACACUGCCAACUUGGCCGCGUUCCUCACCGUCGAGAGGAUGGAUUCGCCGAUCGAGAGCGCGGAAGAUCUCGCAAAGCAGACGAAAAUCAAAUACGGCGCUCUCAAAGGAGGCAGUACCGCAGCCUUUUUCAGGGAUUCCAAUUUCUCGACGUACCAGCGCAUGUGGUCCUUCAUGGAUUCGGCGAAACCGACGGUAUUUACAACGAGCAACGUCGAGGGCGUGGAGCGAGUGAUCAAGGGUAAAGGCAGCUACGCGUUCCUAAUGGAAUCCACCUCUAUCGAAUACGUAAUCGAGAGGAACUGCGACCUCACCCAAGUCGGCGGUCUCCUGGACUCGAAAGGAUAUGGCAUAGCCAUGCCGCCUAAUUCGCCGUACAGGACGGCCAUAAGCGGGGCGAUUCUGAAGCUGCAGGAAGAGGGGAAGCUACACUUGCUGAAGACACGCUGGUGGAAGGAGAAACGCGGCGGUGGAUCCUGCAGGGACGACACCUCGAAGAGCAGCUCGACGGCGAACGAGCUGGGCCUCGCCAACGUCGGCGGUGUGUUUGUCGUCCUGAUGGGCGGGAUGGGGAUCGCGUGCGUGAUCGCUGUAUGCGAGUUCGUCUGGAAAAGCCGGAAGGUCGCCAUUGAGGAACGGAAAAAGUCCGUGUGCUCGGAGAUGGCGAGCGAGCUACGGUACGCCCUCGACUGCGGGAACGGCACGAAAAAACCGGUGAAGAAGCCACUGUGCCGUCGCGAUCGUGAGCAGUCGAAUCUGUCGAUCGUUUCGGAGGAGGGCAAGUAUCCGGCGUGCAACAAGUACAGGCACUUCGUCGGUAAAGCGCCGUUGACUUGA